AAUCAAAAAUUUGGUAUUUAAUUAAAAUUCAGAUAAACGGUUAUAAUUUAAAAAAGAAAGUGACAUAAAUCAUAUUUGAUACCUUUAACAAGAUAAACAUGAAACAUGGAUAAAUGUUUAAAACAAAUAAUAUGGGUGUCAUGGACUAUGCGAAGUCGAGCAUUAUUCUUAAAUUGUAAUAAAGUAAGAAAUAGAAUUUAUCUAAAUAGUUCACAGAAUUAUUGGAACCCACCUAGAGAAAUUUAUAGAUCGGCAAAUCUGGAACCAGUGAAAAAAAUCAUGAAUGAAUCAUUGACAAUGACAUCGGAUGAUACCAAACGAAUCUUAGAUUCAAUUACUGAUGAAUGUCAAACUAUGCAAUUACCCGAUAUCUUUGAUGUACUGUCGAUAAUAUCUAAGAUAGCCGCUACCGAAGAAAACAAAUUUGAGUUAAGGGAAUAUAAAGGAUUUAAAAUGCUUUGCAAUCGUAUGCAAGAACAAAUAAGACAAAUGACCUUAGCUGAUGUUAUCAAAUCUCUGAAAUUUUUGAACUAUUUAAAUGUACCAUCGAAUACAAUGAUAAUGCAAAGUUUGCUACACAUUAUAAAACUUAAUUUAAAUCAAUUGGACAUCAAUCAAAUGCAUUUGUUAACGGUAAUAUUUAAAACAAUGAAACCAACGCCGUUAUCAUCAGCAUUACAGUUAGCAUUACCAAUGCUACUUCAAAGUAUUUUAAUAAAUAAGCUUGAUCAUACUGAUUUGAAAGAAUUAUCAUUGGCAUUGUAUUACGUGAAAUUUACGAAUGAUCAAAACACAUAUAUGAAAAUUUAUAAAGAUAUACAAUCUGCACUGAUAAACGAUUCUAAACCACCUUCGGUCCGUACUUUAAAAAAUAUUUAUAUUUCAUUGAGUAUGCUGGCAGAACAAAAAAUCUACUCUGCGGAAAAUAGAAAGACGAUAGUGAUGGUACGCGAAGCACUUUUUCAAAACAUUAAUAAAAUGUCGCCAUUAGAUAUAGAAGAAUGUUUAAAAGAAAUAUCUAAAAGCUUGAUAGAUAAGAGAAUAUCUCAUAGUUACGAUGCAACAUUCAUCAACGAAUUACUUAACGUUUUGAUUAGUAAAAAUCCAAGUUUCAUUAUUAGUUGCAACAUUGCUAAAUAUUUAAAUAGUAUCAAUUUUGUUUAUCUACCAUUCAUAGAAUUUCUAACAAAUAAAAUAUUAGACAAGGAAUAUAUAUUAGGAAUAGACGCAUAUUCUAUACAAGAAAUUUUACAAAUAUUAUCUAACGCUCAAUAUCAAUCAGUUCCUUGGCUUAUCUUAGAAUCUAAAUUAUUAGAUGAAAAAUUUCUAAAUGAUACCCCAUUCAAAGCAUUACUUAAAUGUGCCGUUCAUUUAGCAGCGUUAAAUAAAUUUUAUCCUAAAUUAUUGAUGAAAAUCUUUACCGAAUUGGAUAAAUACUUAUUAUAUUCUAAUUCAGGAAACAAUGUACAUUCUAAAAGAAUCAUUUUUUUGUAUCAAAUCGUCAAAUCGUUAUAUCCGUAUUAUACGGGUCCUUUUCCUGAUAAAAUAUUUCUUCAAUUACAAAAUCAACCAUUUAAUUCCAAAUUUACUACCACGUUAAGACUUCAUAUGGAAAAAACAAUGGGUGGUCCACAAUAUGUGGCAAGUAAUUUAAAAACAAAAUUAGGACAUACCAUUAAUCAUGCGGUAAUUAUGAGAAAAGGUGGAUAUCCCAUGGCAUUUAAUAUACGUGAUUCUACAAUUCUUUCAAAUUGUAAUAAUUACGUUGAAGAUUUCAACUAUGAAUCAAACGUUGUACCCAUACUCAUUGUAGCAUAUCCUUACCAAUCAUAUUCUAUUAAUACACAACAAUUAUUGGGUGUAUGGAAAUCACAAAUAAUGUCUUUAGAAAAAUGGACCGGUUAUAAAUGCGUUGCGAUAAAUAUAAAUGAAUGGAUCAGUUUGCCAACGCACGAAAAGAAUACGUAUAUUAUGCAAGAAAUUAAAAAUAAAUGUUCGGAUAUUUUUGAAUUAACGUAAUAAUAAUAAUAAUAAUAAUAUAUGAAUUUUUUAGAAUAUUAAAUAAUGAUUUAAUUAAGAAAUAUUGAUAAGUUUCGUAUUUCUUUCACAUUACUUACACAAU